CGUGCCGAAUCACUUUCAUACUCUUCCGCCGUCGUUGCUUCCACACGCCAUUUUCUAAUAGAGUGUAUAGUUCGCUCGUGAGUUAUACCACGUUAACGUUUAUAUUUCUAAAUAUAAUACAACUGGUUGGUUGAAAUAGUGACAAAUUAAAAAAAAGUAAUUAUAGCGAAUAUGAGUUACGGUAGGCCACCGCCGCGUAUCGACGGCAUGGUGUCUUUAAAGGUUGACAAUCUAACUUAUAGAACGACGCCAGAAGAUCUCAGGCGUGUGUUUGAAAGAUGCGGGGAAGUUGGGGAUAUUUACAUACCACGAGAUCGUUUCACUCGUGAAAGUCGUGGUUUUGCCUUUGUGAGAUUCUAUGAUAAACGUGAUGCAGAAGAUGCAUUGGAUGCUAUGGAUGGAAGGUUGUUAGACGGUAGGGAACUUAGAGUUCAAAUGGCACGUUAUGGUCGACCAACCUCACCUCAUCGAAGUCGUGGAAGUCGCAGACGUGGCAGGUCACGCAGCCGUAGCAGAGAUCGCAGACGAUCUCGUACACGAUCACGUAGUAGGUCUCGUAGUCGUGAUAGAGAUCGUAGACGUUCCUACAGUCGUAGCCGCAGUCGUUCUCGCUCUGAUAGUAAAAGUUCUCGUGGGAAAUCUCGUUCUCGCAGCAAGUCUCAAGAGCGACAAAAAGACAGUCGUUCAAAAUCAAGAUAAGAUACUGGAAUAAAAGGAUAUACGAGUACCAGCAAAAUGAUUUACAUCCUUCGACCCACCAUAUUAUCUGUCUUGAGAAGAGAUUUGAAAAGGUAUUCUAUUACUCUAUACCUACAGCACUUCUGUAACAUACUUUCAUUCAGAGUGUCAUUUAUAUUUAUAUAUUAAUUCUGAAUACGUAUUGUUCUACGGUUUUUUUUUUUUUUUGGAAAAAGAAACUAAAACGUAAAUUCAAGUUUAUUGUAUUACUUUUUACAUUAUUAGUCUAUAAAUUUACCAAAUUCUUGAUUAAAUAUUUCAUUUGAUUUUUCUUACAUUAAGCAUUAUUGUUUAAUGUAAUACUUUUGUAUGUUUGAAAGGAAAGAAAACUUGUAAUUUUCUAUUGUAUACAGACUAAUUAAUUGCAAUUUACUGUAUAUCACAAUUAUCAAAAUUAUAUUGUAUUUGAUGGCACUUGUACUACAUUCUAUAGGAAAUAUCACCCAUCACUAAACGUCUAUGAAUAGUAAUCUGUGUUUAUUAAUGAUAAUAGAGUCACACUAAUAAUAGUUUACAUUUGUAUUUCACGUAAUUAGGUUUUAUAGGAGAAUAUUGAAUAAUUAGUAAUUUCGUAUAGUAUUUCUUUUAAAUUGCAAAAAAAUAAUCUCUCGUUUGUUCGUGUACGCGUACGUGCAUUAUAGAUAUAUAAAUGCAUAAAAAAAAACAGAGAAUAGGGGAAAGGAAUACAUAUUAUUACCGACAGAAUAGUCAAUAUUAAUAUAUUGUACAGGUCUUUUCAAAAUAAUUCUAACAAUUAUUAAAUACACUAAACGACAAUAAAUCUGUGCUUCCUCAAUGUACGAGCAGAACGAACGAUAUCUUACCUUAGUUGAUUCAUUCGAUUUAGUUUGUACAUAAUGGAUAGACAGGUUCAUUGUCAACUAGUGUAUUUACAUAUAAUGUUUUAACAAUGUUAGUUAUUUGACUACAUAUUGACGACGUAUUGAUAUUUUGAAAACUUGAAGAAAAGAUUACAUUCAAUAUAAUGUUUGCAUAAUUUAUCCAUUUUUGAAACAGAGUAUUAACAUUUGUUACAUUGAUAAAUUAAUACGAAAGAUGAUAUAUCAACUAUUAAAAUAUUUUUUUAUUCUAUUUUUUUUCUCAAUAACUGUAUUGGCGUAAUUAUUAUGUCCUUUAUUUUUUUAAUUAUUAUUUUCAAUCAAAUGCAAUUAAUAGUUUACAAUAAAACGAAAAAAAUACUUCUAAGUUACAUUGAGAUAUUAUUUUUUAUUAUAAUUAUGAGAUUGCCCACAGUGGGCAAAAAGGACUAAAAUAAUAUUCCUGGAAAUAGUGUAAUGGUGUUAAUGUAUAAUGGUAAUUAGCAGGUAAUGUAAGAUACACACAGUUGACUAAAUUUUAUACGUAAUUAAUAUUACAUCACAAAACGUCUUUUUGAUUUUUUAACUUUCAAACUAUUCUCAAACAAUGAAAAAUCUCAUAUUGAAUGAAAAAUUUUUUUUUACAAUAUAUAUUUUAGAAGUAAGAUAUGCGUUUCUGUAAUAAUAUAGGUUUACUAAUGUAAAGUUUUGCCAGAUAAAAAUAAAGCA